AUGUCCCUGCCCUCCCCAAGAGAGCACAUAAGCUUCAGCAGCAUAGCGGACGGCCCUGCAUCGUCGCAGAAUGUUGCGGGGGGCUCCCACGGACACAAGCCAGGUCCGUCAACCUCGAUGGCGGCCCCACAGUCGUCGGCAAUGAGCGCAACCGCGUCUGCGUCAUCGGCCAGCUCGGUCCGUCGUCCAUCGACGACAUCUGCGACCGAGGGCCGCCCGGCACACGCCUCGUCGUCUUACGCCGACCCCCACGCGGGCCCCUCGUCCCAGCCUACGUCGAACCACACGUCGUCGACCGGCCUGCACUCGUCCAACCCUCCGUCAGCGUCUGCUUCCAAGAACAACAGCUUCAUCGGUGGCGUGCUGUCCCGGAGAGGGUCAACGCGUGAUCGUCCAGAGCGAGCAGAGGUCUCUCCCGCUAUGACGAGCUCGACUAGGACGGCUGGAGGAAGGUCGCGCGCCGACAGCUCAGACGGACGGCGAUCUCCUACAGAAUCGGAAGUCAUCGAAACGCAGACACUCAACAUGGAACGCGACCCCGAGACGGGCCGGAAGCUCAUCAAUCAGUACUUGGUUCUCGACGAGAUUGGUCACGGCACGCACGGACGCGUUCGCUUGGGCCGCGACAUGUCGGUUGAUGCGUCUCAGGACGAGCUGGAGAACGAUUUGGCCACUGGCAAAGGCCCGUUCUACGCCAUUAAGAUUGUCGACCGCAAUGGCAAGAAGCGUUUGCCACCAUUCGGAAGGCGCGGACGGGAGGGCGCAAAGCUCGUCGCGGAGAACGAGAUGCGCAAAGAGAUCGCCAUCCUGAAGAAGCUGCACCACCCGAACGUCGUCGCCCUCAAGGAGAUCAUCGACGACCCAGACUCGAAGCAGGUCUACAUGAUUCUCGAGUACUGCCAGGGUGGCGAAGUUCGAUGGAAGCAAGACAACCGUCCAACGCUUACUAUCGCCGAGACGCGAAAGAUCUUCCGCGACACACUGCUUGGUCUUGAAUACCUGCAUCACCAGGGCGUUAUUCACCGAGAUAUCAAGCCGAGCAACCUGCUGUGCUCCGGUGACGUCGUCAAGAUCUCAGACUUUGGCUGCUCGCACUUCUCCGAGGCGCUGUACGCGGCCGACGGCGGAGGCUAUGUCGACGACAUUGAGCUCGCCAAGACCGCCGGCAGCCCGGCAUUCUUCGCUCCAGAAAUGUGUUACUCCGAGAUCCCGGACGAGCCAACGCCAACGCCCGGCGCGACGUCUGACCAGAAGGUUCCUACUUUCACUGUCCGACCGCCGUCUACGACCCAGGAAGACGCCCCUACGGCAACAAGGGGCUCGUCGAUCUACGACCCGCGGCUCUCGGUCACUCGAUCGCAAUCCACCGCGACGAUCCCGAAUCGCCAGCGACGUCCAAUCACGAACGCGAUCGACGUGUGGGCUUUUGGUGUCACGCUCUACUGCCUGCUCUUUGGCAAAACGCCCUUUGACGCCCAGAACGAGUACCUGCUCAUGCAGGUCAUUCCGACGGCCGAGUAUGAGAUUCCCGCCACCAUGGGCAAGGAGCAGGUUCCGACGUCCGGACCAGAGUCGACGGAGGAGGUGCGCGAAGCUUUGGAUCUGCUGUCGCGGCUGUUGGAGAAGGACGCCGGCCAGCGCAUUACCCUAGACCAGGCUAAACGUCACCCCUUCGCCCUCCGCGGCAUGAAGGACCCCCAAGGCUGGCUUAACCGCACCUCGAUCCACGACCAGACUUGCGUCACGGUCACCAACGAGGAGGUCGCCGCGGCUGUCACACGAGGCAACGGCAUCCGCGACAAGCUUAAGCGCGGCCUGUCCAAGCUUUCGAACCGCCUUGGUUUCCACCGCAACCGGAGCCGCAGCGUGACCGGCAGCGACAAUGCCGAUCAGUCAGCGGCGUCCUCUGCUUCGGAGACUCCCAACACUCGCCGCGUCGCUUCUGGAGACUCGAUUCCCAGCACGGCUUCUGGACCUAGCCUUGGACGAAGGUUAUCUAUCCUCCACCGCAACCCAUCGAACCGCGCAGCUACUAGUGCCAGUGCGCCUGGUUCGGGCGACGAGUCGUCGCGACCGGUCGGUCUCAUUGCUUCGCAGCUGGGCGCAUCCCAGUCUGCUGAUCGCAGCCCGUCCAGCACGACGCAGCCGGUGCACAGCGAAGAGUUCCUGCGUCAGCCCUCGUCUCAGUCUGUCGACAAUACGCCCAGGCAGAUGAGGUCGAUCCAGUCGCUCGAGAAGCUGCAAUCCGCCUCCACCGCUUCCAAUUAUGGCCGCCGACGCUCGUUAGUCGAGCCCGAGAUGAUGCUCCGCUCAAGAUCCGCUAGUAACGCAUCUUCGUCAGCAGGAUCCAUACUCGGCGCCAUUAUGGGUCGCACGGCCCAGAUCACCAAGCAGCGUUCGCUCCGCGGCACUGGUCUGUCGACGAUGCGGUCUAAGAGCCAGCACGACUAUGGCAGCCAGGACGACCACGAUAACGUCUUUGGGUCCUCGAUCGACUCGCACGCUACCGAAGGACGCAGCGAGCUGCUCCGCGGACGAAGCUUUGACGAGUCUGCGCGCCGCCAGAGCUUGGACACGUUCGAGUCGGGUUCGCCGUCAUCUCGAGGCAGCCACGGCUUCCACAGCCCUGAGCGGUUAUCCGGCUGGGACCAGCGGUUCCUGCAGGACCAGGGUAUGCCUCUGCGUCGCGGCUCGAACCUGAGUGACCGCCCUGUCAUGGAGAUUGACGACGAAGACCUCGACUGGGACGUGGACGUGCCUGACUCGGACGAGGAGGACUCGUCCUCCAGUGAUGGCUUACCCAAGGGACACGGUCUCUCGUCAGCACCCGCCGACUGGAACCUGUCCCACUGCCUCAGCGAUCUCGACAAGCAAGCUGCGCGCCGUACGGGCCCCACUUCGCCCACUCGUGCCAGUGCUGGUGGAGCCCACUCUCCAGUGCGCACAGGCACCGCACAGUCCCUCCUUCGUCCUGGCGGCGGACUCGACAUGAACCGACUCGGCCGACCUCCCAGCUCGUACUCCUACCGCCCCCGACCUUCGCCGUUAGUUAACGACACGGCUGCCGGUGUCUCCUCGGGUGAAUCCAGCCCAAGCGGAAACCGCACCACGCCCAAUGCUAGCUCGGCGCCGUUACUGGCGGCGAGCACGAACACGGCGCCUUCGGGAGGCAUGGAGAUCCUCAAUGGCCAGACGACUCAGAAGGGCCAGUCUAACGGCAAUGGUCACCUCUCGGCUCUCGCCGGCUCGGCAGUCGCGGCGGACUCUAACACGGUCGACGACCGCUUCGCCGACGCGGACGAAGAUUGCGGGCUGGUGCUCGGGCGACGACGCAAGUCGAGCGCACUGUCGCGAGGGAAUAGCGUUCGCUCGCGCGCUGGCCAGAUCCACGCCGCCCAGGCUGCUCACCAGGCCGCCAACACGACCGUCGCCAGCGCUGCCUCGCGCCUCAACGCCGCCGUUAACUCUGAGAGCACGACGAGCCUGGGCAGCCUCAAUACCCACUCGCUGCCAGGCAGCGUGCCUUCCCUCUCGCCUGGUUCGUCGCCCACGCGCGCCUCUGCGCUCGCAGCGCAGCAGGAAGAGCCGGCGGGCUCGAUCCUCAGCGACGUCCCAGGACUCCACAGCCCGCAGGACCUGCCCGUGACGCCCAAGGCUAACAGCCCGCGGGACGAGCGAGGGCCGGUCCUGUCCGCUUCGAACAGCAAGGCAUAUCUGCCACGGCCGAGGAUCUCGUCGGGGGAUAGUAUCGCGGAAUAG